AUGGACACGGUGGAGGAAACCAAGAAGGACCCUACCACCAGCUCUGCCAACGAUGCAGCUGACAGCAACGGCAACGAUGAACCAGAUUCGGACCAAGGGAUCAGUGAGAAUGCACAGCACGGUGUCAAGAAUGUCGAGGCUGUGACCCAGACCUGGUCAAAGAGAUCUUUGAUCACGGCUUUUAUUCUAAUGUGGCUCCUCUAUUUCGUCAACGCGAUGCAGUCUUCGAUCCUUUCCAACCUGACCCCCUACGUCACGAGUUCUUUCGAAUCCCACUCGCUGUUAACAGUCAUUUCUGUUGUUGCAGAUGCCAUGUCAGCUGCAAUGUACAUCCCGAUAUCGAAGAUCCUGGACGUCUGGGGCCGUGCUGAAGGCUUCCUUAUUAUGACCAUCUUCGCUACUCUGGGCUUGAUUCUCAUGGCUACGUGCAAUGAUAUUUAUACCUUCUGUGCCGCAGAUGUCUUUUACACAAUCGGCUUCGGAGGCAUGACAUAUUGCGUGGAUGUAAUCACAGCCGAUGUGUCUCAGUUGAAGAAUCGAGGCUUGGCUUACGCUUUCACAUCCUCUCCAUACAUUAUCACAGCUUUCGCUGGAUCAAAGGCUUCGGAUAGUUUCCACCUCAACUGGCGAUGGGGCUUCGGUUGCUUCGCCAUCAUCUUCCCCAUCGUGGCUUUUCCUUUGUUUGUCCUGCUGAAACUCAACCUUCGCAAGGCCAAAAAGCAAGGCAUUUUCGUCAGGGAGAAGAGCAACCGUACAGUGCUACAGUCCAUCUGGCACUACACUGUGGAGUUUGAUGCACUCGGCGUGCUCCUGUUUUCGGUCGGCCUUUGCGUAUUUUUUAUCCCAUUCGAUAUCGCCGGUGACGCUCCCCAUGGCUGGGGGUCAAACUACAUCAUUGCCAUGAUCGUGGUCGGACUGGUUGUUCUCGUCUUCUUUGGCCUUUACGAAUCGUUCUUGGCGCCUGUCCCCAUGCUGGACUGGAAACUCCUUUCCAAUCGAACCGUCAUCGGUGCCUGCGCUUUGGACGCAACAUACCAGAUCUCGUACUACUGCUGGGACAACUACUUCACCUCUUUUUUGCAGGUAGUUAAUGACCUAACUGUCGCCGAGGCUGGGUAUGUUGGAAAUACCUUUGAUGUAGUCUCUGGUGUGCUUUUGCUGCUCGUCGGUUGGUUGAUCCGCAGGACCGGUCGCUUCAAGUGGCUGUUGUACAUUGCGGUUCCGCUGUACAUCCUGGCACAAGGCUUGAUGAUCUACUUCCGCAAGCCCACUCAUUACGUUGGUUACAUUGUCAUGUGCCAGAUCUUCAUCUCUAUUGGAGGCAGUGUCUUCAUCAUUGUUGAGCAGCUCGCUGUUCUGGCCGCCGUCGAUCAUCAGCAUGUCGCUUCGACCCUUGCUUUACUGCAAGUUGUCGGCACUGUGGGGGAUGCCAUGGGAAAUACAAUUUCCGGUGCCAUCUGGACCAACACGUUCGAGAAAGCCCUUGAGCGAAAUCUUCCAGCCUCGGCCCUGCCGAGCUUGGAAGAUAUUUACGAGGAUCUGACCACGCAACUGAGCUAUCCGGUUGGAAGCGUCACAAGGCUCGCGAUUCAGAAAUCGUAUGCCUAUGCUCAGACGCGAAUGCUUGCUGCCGGAACCGGCAUGAUGGUCUUGGCGUUCGUCUGGGUCUUGAUGAUUAAGAAUAUUGAUCUCCACAAGACCCCUCAAGUUAAGGGCAUGGUUUGGUAA